AUGUGGAACGGAUCAAAGUUACAACCGAAGGGCUGUGUUACCAUGAAGGCCAUAAACCCGAAGGAUGGCUCCGAGCAUUUACUUGAUUUUCUCCUGGUAUCAGGAGAUUUUAUGCCCAUCCUGGGCCUUGAUUCCAUUCAGAGUUUGGGUUUUGUUUCUUUUAAUCAUGAUCGUUUUGUUCACUCGUGCGAAGUCGGUACAGAGAUCGUAGACAACUAUCCCAGUGUGUUUGAUGGUACCGUGGGAAAAUUCCAAGGCGUAGCUCACCUGUCGUUAAACGAGUCCGCUAGACCAGUAGCACUACCAGCGAGAAAAGUACCUAUCGCUUUGCGUGAGAAGUUCUUAGACGAGUUGCAGCGUUUGAUCAGUUUAGGUGUGAUUGCCAAGGUCGAUGAGCCAACCGAUUGGGUCAGUCAAGUUGCGAUAAUCACCAAGAAGUCAGGCGAUUUGCGUGUGUGCAUCGACCCUAAGCCGCUCAACGCCGCACUCAGGAGAGAGUAUUUUACACUACCAACGCUAGAUGACGUCUUACCCGAGUUGUCCAAGGCCAGAUUGUUCACGAAGGUCGACCUCGCUUCCGCUUUCUGGCACGUCCAGCUUGACGAAGAGUCCAGUUAUUUAACCACGUUCGGAACGCCAUUUGGACGGUUUCGGUGGUUGCGCUUACCAUUCGGUUUGAAAGUGUCCAGUGAAAUUUUUCAGAAACGAUUAAUGCAGGCCCUAGACGAUCUACCCGGAGCUAUUUGUGUAGCAGACGAUGUAGUGGUUUUUGGGGCGACUCUGGAAGAGCACGACCGUAACCUGAGCAGAUUUCUAGAACGCUGUAAAGACAAGAAUAUCAGAUUGAAACGUGAGAAAAUUGAGUUACGAAAAACAGAGCUGGUGUUCCACGGACAUGUUUUGAGCGCAGAAGGUCUAAAGCCAGAUCCGGAGAAAGUUAGAGCCAUAAAAGAGAUGCCACCUCCGACAGAUGUUAAAGCCGUGAGCAGACUAAACGGGAUGGUGAAUUACCUCAGCCGCUUCCUUCCACGACUAGCCGAAGUAAUGGUUCCUAUCCGAAAACUUACACAUAAGGGCGAGAGCUGGCAGUGGAACACAGAACAGGAGGAGGCUUUCCAGAACAUCAAACAACUGAUCGCGUGCGCCCCUGUCCUAGCGUAUUACGAUCCGUCACUUCCCCUUGAGAUCCAGUGUGACAGCAGCCAAUUCGGUAUCGGUGCCGUGCUAAUGCAGAACGGGAAGCCCAUCGAUUUUCGCAGUCGGACACUAACGGAAUCCGAGCGCCGUUAUGCACAGAUUGAAAAGGAGAUGCUAGCAUUGGUUUAUGCCGUAGAGCGUUUCAACGAUUACACUUUUGGUCGCCGGACCACUGUAUUUACCGAUCACAAGCCUCUGGUAUCAAUAGCCAAUAAACCACUGCACGUCGUCCCACGCCGCUUACAACGAAUGCUCAUUCGGCUCCAGAAGUACGACCUAGACAUCGUCUACCAACCGGGGUCAAGGAUGUACAUUGCAGACACACUGUCUAGGGCAUAUCUUUCCGAUGUGACCGCAACGCAAGAAGACCAAGACAUUGUCCAUGUCACUCAGCUAUUGGCCGUCACAGAGGAGCGUUUCCAGCAACUACUACGCCACACGGAAGCAGACGAGCUGUGUAAUCGGCUCAAGGAAACGAUACUGAAAGGGUGGCCCGAUAGUAAAAACAAGCUGCCAAAGGAGUUGACUCCCUUCUUUAACUUUCGGGAUGAACUUGUCACACAGGAUGGGUUAAUCUUCAAAGGCAACCGUAUACUCGUUCCAAAGGCAAUGCAACGACCCAUGCUGGAGCUGAUACACGGAAGUCAUUCAGGAGUCAAUGCUUGCGUGGCGAGAGCUCGAGAGCUAAUGUUUUGGCCUGGAAUGACUAGUCAGAUACGAGAUCAUGUUUCAAACUGCUUAGCCUGUCAAGCACAUGAUGUCCGCCAGCCGAAGGAGCCUAUGAUGCUUCGUGAGGUCCCGGAAAGGCCGUGGCAGAAAGUCGCCCUAGACAUCUUUGCACAUGACGGAAAGAAUUACCUGAUCGCUGUCGAUUACUUUAGCGACUAUUUCGAGAUUGAUGCUCUCACGUCUACUAGCACACAGGCCGUGAUAAACAAGCUACGAUCGCAGUUUGCGCGACAUGGGAUACCGGAAGAGGUAGUGUCCGACAAUGGCCCCCAAUUCAACAGCGCCGAAUUUCGGAGUUUCAGCGAAAAGUGGGAUUUCCUUCAUCGUUUAACCAGCCCUUACCACAGUCAGUCAAAUGGAAAAGCUGAGUCAGCCGUGAAGGAAGCAAAGAAGUUACUCACCAAAGCCAAGGAGACCAAAGAAGAUCCUUACAUCAUGUUGUUAGAACGAAGGAACAUGCCAUCUGCCGAAAUUGGAUGCAGUCCAGCGCAACGUCUGUUUGGCCGGAGGACAAGAACCCUGUUGCCGAUCGCCAAUACUCUGCUGCAGCCUGAAAUACCAUCGCAGAGCUUGAUGUAUGAGCGCUUGCGUGAGCGCAUGCUUCGACAAAAGAAAUAUUACGAUCGCGGAACGAAGCAGCUUCCACGCCUGUUGCCCGGAGACGAGGUCUGGGUCGCGCCGACACCGGGAGCUAACGGGUCUUGGAGGAGAGGGCGAGUAGAAGGUCUCAAAGGCGAACGAAGCUACGACGUAAGAGUUGGGGAUAGUCUAUUUCGACGCAACCGGGUGCAGUUAAGGAGACAACGUGGUGAACAAGCACGGCAUCGUGCGAAGCAGCCAACGCAGCCGGACAUUUCGGUGGAUACGGCAGCACACGACCACAAGACUACACGCAGUGGAAGACGAUACAGCGCUGACGUAAUCGGACUACAAAAAAACGAAAAAAGGAAGGAUGUGAUGGUAGCUCACGUGCCAAACCGCCAGCCAACAGCGCGAACUGGUUUCCACCAAUCGGCAACACAGUCGGAGAUCGCAAUCAGUUCGCGGCACCGCCAACCAGUGGCGCACACAAGCUACCGAUCGGACGAACAGACCAACGGCUCGGCAAAGCGUCUGGCAAACAAGCGUGGUCCGAAUAUCCAAUCAAAACCCGAGACGGCUCGCAAACGAGUAAGCGACGUUAAGGGGAUCGAGGAAUUGCAUCAGACGCCUGACCAAUCAGCGUCACGUCAAUCCGGUACGCGAACGACCGUCCAUUGGCCAGAAAGAGCAGGCACUGGACCGAAACCCAUCGGCCGAUUGGUUUUUGAUCGUCAAGACACAGCAUGGGGAACCAAUUGUAGCAAAUGCCAUGGACGAUUUACGACCGAACGAUGGGAGGCGAAACGCCCAGGAUCAAAGGACGCUGGCCAAUGGAGACAAAUGCAUGAAAGUGUAGUAGCCGAAUAG